ACACGUGACGGACAGUCUUCUUGUUAAAUAAGUGUUGUUGAGAACACAGGAGGACAAAACAUGGCUUUAUAACGAGUCAAGUAUUCUCAUCUUGGACUGAACUCAGAGGAAAAACGGUGAGUUUCAUGUUUUUAAGUUAUUCUUUAGUGUUUUUGUACCUUUAGAGUAUUUUAUAUCUCAUAUUUGAUGUCUUUUCUGCUCUGAAACGUGACUGUCAAACACACCAAAACAGAUCAAUACUGACUAAUUUUACAGAAAUAUUAGUUUAACUGGAAUUAAAAUAACUGCAUGGUGUUUUAUAUACAUAUAUCAGUGCAUAUCAGUCUUAUUUAAGGUGAAACUUUUAGUCGUACAUGUCCCACGCUGCUUCAUCCUUCAGUAUGUGGUGGGUUACAGCGUGUUCAAGGACUAUGACAUGAACCUGGGGUGACUAUGUUCCUAUACUUUUAAAAAGGUUAAUGCAAUCAAAAGGAAAACAAUAUAUAAUAGUCAUAAGUAUCUGUUGGGGAAUUGUUUCAGCUGCCAUCACAGUCAGUCUCAGUCUGUUAUGUCAGUGAACUUUAAGGCUGUUUCUAUGAAUAAGAAGAAAUAAUACUUGUGUUGAAUCCACUCCAACCUGCAUAAAGAAAAAGAAUGAAGUAUAUUUUAUUUUUAGUGUUUUCGUCAUUCAUGGUGUCUCUACACACCUGUACCAGUGUAAUAAAACAGGUCCCAAUGCCACAGAUUAGGAUUUCUUCUAGAGAGAAUAACAAAUAUUUCUUUUUUCAAUCUGUGUUUAUUAAUGUAGUUCAUAAAAAUGGGAUAUAACCUCCUUAAAAAACAGGACAUAAAUUGAAAAUCAAGUACAAAUGAAACAAUACAGACAAAGACAGAUAAAGAUAAGAAAAGUGAAAAAAAUUGGUAGCAAAAAACAUCUCCUGCAGAACAACAUAAAGCAUUUCAUAACGUGUCCACAUUCAGAAAUGUUCGAUACACCAAUACACAUCACACAUAACCAUUCUUCUUUCAGGAAUAUUUCGAGAGGGAACCAAUCCCUCGCAAAAACCUUGGUUGAACCCAUAAGUACAUGUGAUAAUCUUUCCAAUUGGAAGAUAAGCAUAAGUUUAUCAUGCCAUGAAGAAAUAUCUGGGGGCUCUUCUACGAACCAUUUUUGUAAUAAUGCAAGGCAUCCAGCGUAUAGCGUUUCUCUGGAAAUGUACUUAUACCGAAGGUAAUCCUUAGAGUAGAAGCUUUUAAUGGUAUUUAUUCAAGCACGUUCAUACUCAAGCCUCUUCUAUGUAUUGUUGUGGACAGGAUAUAACUUCUUAGUUGUAAAUAUUUGAAGAAUUGAUUUCAAAGAAGAUCAAAUUAAUUCCUGAGUUGCGCAAAAGAUUUUAGAGUUGCACCUGCAAUGAGGUCUUGAAUUUUUAAAAUGCCAACAUCUUUCCAUGCUUUAAACCCAACAUCUGAACAGGACAAUAAAAAUGUGGAUUACUUAUAAUAGUUGCGAAAACAGAAUAUUGAUUCAUAAUCCCAAAGGGCAUAUGUACACCAUUCCACGUUUUGAAAGUGUUCAUUAGAAUAAAGUUAUCUUCAGUUUCCUGAGAUGAAAUAGUAUUAUUUAUAGAAGCCUCACAUCCAGUGUUUUCCAGAUUUAGGAAUGUAGAAUUAGGAUAAUUUUUAAUCCAUUUUGUAAUGUGAUUAUUGGUGAGGCCCAGUGGUAGUACAUUAUGUUAGGUAGAGCUAAGCCCCCUUUCUCCACCGGCAGCUGCAGUUUAUCCAAUUUAGGUCUUGAGUGUUUACCUUUCCUCACAAAUUCACAUUUCAACUAAGUUGAGAUAUCAUUCGGUAACAUCUGGAUAUAAGAAUCUUUGAAGAACAUUCAUCUUCACUGAGUGAUGAUAUGGGCAAAGGACUCCAUCUUUGGAGGUCUUUCCUUAUCUCUAUCACCACUGGGUCUAAAUUCAGUUUAUCAAAUUAUUAAAAUUAGGAGGCACGUGAAUGCCUUAAUACUUAAAUCCAUUGGCAGACUGCUGGAAAGGAUCAUAAUUUAAUAAAUCGUCACCUUUUAAAUUCCACAGAGGUAAGGCCAGGGAAUUUUCAUUGUUGAUUUUAUUUCCAGAGAACUAUUAAGUACUGAACAAAUAUUUCAACCUGCUUUGACAAUCCAAUUCAGAUUCAACAAAAGGGAAGUUAGUCAGCAGAGAGAGCGUGGAAAAAUACUGUAUAGUGUGAACACCAUCUUAACCUCUGUGCCUGCUGUCAACCAGGAAAGAGAAGAAAGAGACAGGAAGAAAGAAAUGGGAAGGGAAAUAGAUAUCUGCAAGAGCUGCUAAAAGAACAUUUUGUGCUUAACAUGGAAGAUGAUAUUGACACUUGAAAGACCUUUUUGUACAAGACAAUAAAAUAACAAUAUUAAAAAAUGCAUGCAUCAAAAAGAGAAAAAACUUUAAACUGAAGGCUGGUGCGAUAUAAAACAGAACAAUGACAUGAUAUUACUUAAUGAAAACUCACAGCAGGUCUGAAAUACAUGAAAACCAUUAAAGGAGACAUCUAACAAACAAGUGACAAACUGCUUUCAAUUAUCUUUAUAUUCUGUAAAUCUUUAUUGUGAUGUAAACAGGCGAGUUUAAUCCACCUAUUAUCUCUGCUUGAAGUUUUACAUUGGGCUCUAUGGGGAGUGACUCCCUGCAGGACACAGACCCUAGUGGACACUGGAAGAACUACAAUUUUAUUAAAUAUUAAUCCCUUACCCCUGCUCCAUAGGCCAUGAUGCAGAACAACGAGAAGACCCCCCUGCUGUCCCGUCUCUCCCCUAACUCUAACUCUAACUCUGAGGCCCCGCUCCUCUCCUUAAGUGGCCCCGUUGUCACCAUCAUCGGCUCUGGAGACUUCUCCCGCUCCCUCUCCAUCCGCCUGGUGUCCUGUGGGUUCAGGGUGGUGGUAGGCAGCAGGGACCCAAGUCGUGUUGCUGAGGGUCUGUUUCCCGACGGGGUGGUGCUGGGGUCUCAGAGGGAAGCAGUGAAGGCGGCAGACAGGUUGGUGUUUGCGGCGGUCUACCCGGAGCACUACCACACCCUGCUGGACCUGAGGGAGGCGCUGGCGGGAAAGGUGCUGGUGGAUGUUAGUAAUGCCUCCACAGUGGGGGGCGAGGGCCCGUCAAACGCUGAGAGGCUGGCUGAGAUGUUCCCAAGAAGCACCGUGGUGAAGGGGUUCAACACGUUGUCUGCGUGGGCGCUGCAGGUCGGGGCUCACGAUGGCAGCCGGCAGGUGAGGAGGAGGAGAAGGAGGGGGCGGGUCAAACAGUUGUGAAGAGUUUAGACGGAACCAAAUGGAACUCACCUACUCUCCUCCAGCAGCCGCUUGUUUGUAGCGAGACCUCAGGCCAGUUCUAUACAGACUACAGCGGGGUGACGCAGCUCAAGGAAGAACAUUUAUGAUUAUCACUUCAAGGACAUGAUAAAGAAAUUAUCAUACAUGUUCUUCCUUGAGCUGCGUCACCCCGCUGUAGUCCGUAAUGGACCGGCCCAAGGUCUUAAAUAAAAGCCACCUUAAACAGACAGGACUGCUGUGGCUCCUUUUCACUGUUGAGAUUUUAACCCAUCUUUUUUACAUCUCAGGUCCUGAUCUGCAGCGACUGCUCCUCCUCUAAGGCCUCCGUGCUCCAACUGGCCCGUAGUCUGGGCUUCACCCCUGUGGAUCUUGGAGGUCUGUUUGCAGCCAGGACCAUCGAGGAAGCCCCGCUCAUCCUCUUCCCUUCAUGGGGGAGACCUGUCCUCACCACCUUCCUCCUCUUUCUCUUCUUCUACGGAUACAGCUUCCUCAGACAGGUCCUACUGCCUUACCUCGAUAAAGGAAGAAAUAACUUCUACCAGCUUCCUCUAGUGCUUGUGAACCAGACGCUGCCGUCUGUUGCUCUUGUUACACUCGCACUCGUCUACCUACCAGGUAACAAACACUUCCUAAUUAAAGGAGAAUCCUCUCAAUUUGAAUGUAUUAAGGAGUAAACAUGCUGCUCUGCUGUGUGUCCUCAGGUAUCUUAGCUGCGGUGCUCCAGCUCGCCAGAGGAACUAAAUAUCGGAGGUUUCCCGUCUGGUUGGAUCACUGGCUGUGCAGCAGGAAACAACUUGGCCUGCUGAGCUUCCUAUGUGUCGUGCUGCAUGCUGUCUACAGCAUGUGUCUAACUCUAAGGAGAAGUUCGGGAAAUGCAGCACAGGUGAGCACAGGGCAGGUGGAGAGCGUGGAUCUGCGUUGGUGCAUUCAGUGCCUGUCUGAUGUUUUUAAUGCUUUCUAUCAUGCGCAGGUAAGAGCUCCUGUGUUCACCCAAGUGGAUCAGAUGGUGUGGAGGUCUGACCUUUACCUGUCCAGUGGGAUUCUGGGAUUUGGAGCCCUCACGCUGGUGGCAAUCACCUCUCUGCCCUCUGUUGGAAACUCUCUCAAUUGGAGAGAGUUCACCUUUGUUCAGGUAAGAGUCAAACAGGUGGCCAUGGUCUAAUUUUACGGUAUGAAAGCAUCUCAAACCGGCAUUCCCACUAAGGUCCAGCAGGGGGCAACUUCACUGGUUGGAAAAAUCAGUCCGAUUGAAGUCUCUGAGAAAUUGGUACUACUUCUCAGUUGAUGUAUUCCCUCGUACCGAAGCUGAGGUUGCUUGGAUAGCUGUUUCAGCUCAUCUGUAUUGUUGGCUCGGGUGUCUGUCAUCUUCCUCUUGAUGAUACCCCAGAGAAUCUCUAUGGGGUUCAGUUUGCUGGACAAGUCAAACACAAGAAUACAAUAGUCAGCAAACUUUCCAGUUACAGUUUUGGACCUGUGAGCAGGUCCAGCAGAUGGAAGCAUGAAGUGUUCUGACUCUUGAUGCUUUGACUCCAGCCUCAGUCCACUCUUCAUGAAUCUCCUCUAAAUUCUUUAAUCCACUUUCCUUGACAAUCCUAUCAAAGCUGCUGUCAUCCCUGUUGCUUGUGCAGCUUUUCCUCCCACACUUUUACCUUUCUUGCAUGAGUAGCCAUGGGGUUGCCUGAGGUUGUGUUACCUAAACUGAUAGAUACUUAGUGAUUAGGAUGAAGCACCUGCCAACAACGCCAAAACAGUUGCCAAAUUAUUUUUAAUUAUUUUCUGACCGUCGAUGCCCAGAGUCCCCUAAACAGCUGUUAAGUCAGCUUUCACUUCACCAUGAUUGUGUUUGUGUUUACUGAACUAGACAAAGAGAUAUGUGGUCUAUUCUGUUUGAAUAGUGAUUGACUUUAACUCAAAAUGAAGUAUUCAAAUUUUUUAAUAUAUGCAUUUAUGCGCUGUUUGCCACUGAAAUCAAAGUUUAAAUAAAAGACUCUAAAACUAUUAAGUUUCCACAUAUGAUUUCUGUGUUUCUGUCUCCAGUCAGGUCUUGGUUAUGCUGCUUUAACUCUCUCUGUUGCACACACCCUAUUCUUCGGCUGGGACUUUGCCUUCGACCCCUCAUCUUACUCGUACUUCCUCCCACCCGUGUACAUGCUGGCCCUGAUCCUGCCCUGCGUGGUCCUGGUGGGGCGACUCCUCCUGUUUCUGCCGUGUCUGACAUCCAGACUGACGAAGAUCCGCAGGGGCUGGGAGAGUCGACAACACAGACCCAAACUGAGUCAGGAGCUAGGGUCAGGGUCAGGGUCGACUCAGGUGGAUUCUCCUCGAGCCUUUGGUGACGUUUAAAGAUCCAAACAGCAAAUCUGGAAAAUCCAGAUGUUUGUUUUCUCUCUGUGAGAGCUUGAGCACUUUCUUUUCAGUAUCAACUCUGUCUUUUCACGGUCAAAGUUUCAACAUUUCUACAGUACUGGUGCCUUAAAGACUAUGAAUGCCAUACAGUCAUAUUACAGAAAGCAUGUUUGCACAGUUAUCUUGAGAUUCAAAGCAUUACAGACAGCACACCCGGACAAAUACUCCUAACUAGGUGAACUGGGACAUCUGUUCUCAUGAGGAGUAAAGAUUAAAGUAAACAUUUCAGUGGAUUUAUGCCGUAAAAAUGUGACAAAUGGACAGUGUGAAUGUUAGGUGUUAAUUUAAAGGAGGCAAAGACAGGGGCAUUGUUUUUACCUACAAGACACAAAUGUGCAAAAGCAAAUUUUAGAAUAACAACUUUUAGGUUAUAAAAUAAAUACAUGUUGUAAAAUCCUGA